UAAAUCCUUUUCACAGACUCCUCUCAGAACAACCUCGGAAAUCAAAAGGAAUACUUUUAUACACAAGAAACAACCACAGAAAAUUCACCCGAGAAUACGGACGUAUUGUUUUGAGUUUGUAUUCUAAAAUUAUUCAUUGCUAGGCCUACUCGUUUUUUUAUUUCUCAAAUUACUUUCAUUUUGGGAUAAACCCCAACUAAGCCAAGGAGAACAAAAGAACAUACAACUAUUUUAAGAAGAAAUCUACUUGUGAAUUAAAAUAAUUAGAAAACAAGUUUCUAUAGGAACAGGUGACACCGACACCCAGGGGUUUAUUUGCCUGUUCCACAGCCUAUGUUUUUGGAUUUGACAUAUUCCGCCCGUCGCCCUCCUACUAUGGUGAUAAUGGAAGUCCCCAGCAUCGAUGCCAUGUCCCUCUGCGGGCUGCUGGAGGGGGACGACCCGGGCUGUCUGGUCCUGGACUGCCGCUCAUUCUUCUCCUUCAACUCCUCUCACAUCCUCGGGUCCACCAACGUCCGCUUCAGUACUAUAGUCCGCCGGAGGGCCAGAGGGGGGCUGGGGGUGGGACACAUCGUGCCCAACGAGGACACGCGGAACCGGCUUCUCUCCGGGGAGUAUCAGUCGGUAGUGUUUCUGGAUGAUCGGAGUUUAGACUUCGGCCAAGUGAAGAAGGACGGGACUCUAAUGCUCGCGGUGACAGCUCUGUGCCGAGACCCGUGUGGAGCCCGUGUCUUCUUUCUCUCAGGUGGUUUUGACACGUUCUCCUCGGAGUAUCCAGAGAUGUGUACCAAGCCGUCAGCUCCACAGGGACUCAGUCUGCCCCUCAGCGCCCGUCCAGACAGCGCCGAGCCCGGCUGCAGUCCAUGCAGUACACCGCUCUAUGACCAGGGGGGUCCAGUGGAGAUCCUUCCCUUCCUCUACCUGGGCAGUGCCUACCAUGCCUCCAGAAAGGACAUGAUAGACAUGCUGGGUAUCACUGCUCUCAUCAACGUAUCAGCUAACUGCCCCAACCACUUUGAAGAGUCCUUCCAGUACAAGAGUAUCCCCGUAGAGGACAACCACAAGGCUGAUAUCUCCUCCUGGUUCAAUGAGGCGAUAGAGUUUAUCGACUCCAUCCGUAGUUCUGGCGGUCGUGUGUUUGUCCACUGCCAAGCCGGCAUCUCCCGCUCCGCCACCAUCUGUCUGGCCUACCUGAUGAGGACCAACCGCGUGAAGCUGGACGAGGCCUUUGAGUUCGUCAAGCAACGUCGCAGCAUCAUCAGUCCUAACUUCAGCUUCAUGGGCCAACUGCUACGGUUUGAGUCCCAGCUCCUGGCUACUUCAUCCUGCUCGUCGGAAGCCGGGAGUCCUGCCCUGGGGAAGAGCAGUACGGUCUUUAACUUCCCCGUGUCUAUCCCCGUCCACGGCUCUGCUGGACACGGACAGCUCUCCUUCCUCCACAGCCCCAUCACCACCUCACCAAGCUGCUAAGGGGAAGAGUAGGAUCAGAUGGAGGGCUGUCUGUCUUAGCCUGGACUUGAACUGAACUGUCACUAUUGGUGUCGAGUCGUUGUGAAUGUACUGUAACAAUAUUAGUCGUGACAGGGUCAUUGACAAUGUACUGUCAGUGUCGCUCAACUACAGGUGAUUAAUCAUUGAGUUUUGGAUAGAGCUCUAGAACUGAUGGAACCCUCAUUGUUGCCCUUCCUGGUGUAAAGGUCAUAAUGAAGUGAUCCUGGCAUCACAGGACAAAAGGGCUCACUUUUGGAGAGACAAACCAAGUGGCCUAGUUUAUGGGUUCAAUCCACAGGUCUGCCCUAUCGACUUGAAAGGAGUUUCUCUCGCUACCAAUAUGGCAGUAUGGUUAUCGCAGCAUCCUCUUCUGAAGGUGAAUGAUACCCACAGAUCUGCCUAGAACACCUCAACUUCUAGGAAGAGACAGAGAAGUCAAUGGCUGAAGGAGACUGGGGGAAAAAGGUCAAUUCUUUAAAGGAAGUUAGAAGUAUUUUAAUGGGAUGAAGAGAAGAAGUUGUAGUCAAAGAAUCGUUGUCAAAGAUGCAAAGUUAUUUAACGAGAGUGGUCAGCUUUUGAUAAUCACAUGUUUUUUGUUGUUGUUGACCUGACACAACUCUUAACAAAAUGGGCAAGUAAACCCUCCUUGGUCACUCACAGACAGACAGUUGUCAUAUUUAUUGCUACCAACUAGACUCUCGGGAAUCAUGAAUUACUUUCAAUGUCCCACAGCUUUGUUCACACAGAGACAAACUGUCUUCCUGAGGGAAUCCCGCUAAUGCCUCGGCAAACGACACCGGUUUGGAUAAAUCACUCCUCAGACUCUUUAUUGUUGACAAACAAUGAAUGUAUCUCUGAUCUCUGGCCAACCGGCCGGCUCGGAAAGUGCCAGAAGGUUUAGUUUAAAGUGGACUGGAAAGCCCCAUUCAAAUGCAAAUGUAUGCCUUUUAUAAAAUACCAGGAGACCCUGAAAAACCUGACAAUAUUGCAGGAAACAGCCAACCAACCAUCAGAUACCUCUGAAACACCACCAUGCCUCUGAAGUGCUAGCAGCUGUUAGCUAACGCUAGCUCUGUUAGCAUCAUGCUAAUUCUGUUAGCGUCAUGUACUGUUAGCAGCUGCUAGCUCUGUUAGCAUUAUUGGCCUGCUAGCUCUGCUAACAUCAUGUACUGUUAUUGGCAGCUAGCUCUGUUAGCAUUAUUAGCAUGCUAAUUAUGUUAGCAAUUUGUACUAUUAACAGCUCUGGGAGAGUCAGAACCCCUAAAGCACUAAGACGGGGAUCAGACUCACCAGAGACUGCUGUCUGUCUGAUUACCUAUGUGAUAUUUAUUGAUCUAAAGUAAUAUAUUUCUUACAUCUAUUUUUGCAAAUGUUUGUUAGUUGUUUUUGAUACCUCUGAAUAAAUCCAAUUUGUCUUUUCUA